AUGUAUUCAGGAUAUUUAAACAUUUCGUCAGAUGAAAACAUAUUCUUUUGGUUUUUUGAAUCUCGAAACAAGAAACAUCCACUUCCUUCAGAAUCUAUUCCUUUGACCAUUUGGCUCAAUGGAGGUCCCGGAUGUUCAUCAUUGAUUGGACUUUUUCAAGAGCUGGGACCAUGUAGUACUAUUAACAAUGGGGCAUUGACACAGCCGAAUCCAAAUAGUUGGAAUGAAGUCUCUCAUAUGCUAUUUAUUGAUCAGUCUGAACGAUUCCAGUUGGUGUUGGAUUUUCCGAUGGCGAUAGCUCAAAAGUUAGCACAUCCCAACAAGCGGCCGAUAAAUUAUGUGUUUUUGCAAAAAUUCUUUGAAAAAUUCCCAGAAUAUGCGAAACUUGAUUUACAUUUCUUUGGCGAAUCAUAUGCUGGUCAUUAUAUAUCAGGAUGCUGUAAAUCACAAAAAAAUUGUGGUGCUAUUGACGAUCAAUGGUGCGCGAUUUUGCUAACUUUUUAUGAAUUCAGUUCUGGCCGAAGCGUUUACGAUAUCAAAGAUGAUAACGACCCACUAACUGACUUUGUGAACUAUCUGAACCAGCUUGAUGUCAUCAAGCAAAUUGGUGCGAAAAAAAAUUUUGAAAUGUGUUCAACCCUGGUUUUCUAUGCUUUUGACGGUAGUGGAGAUUUUGCAACAAAUACUACUAAUCAUAUAGAAUAUCUUUUAGAUAAAAAUAUUCCUACUUUGUUAUAUCACGGCAACCUAGAUUUUAUUUGCAAUUGGUAUGGAGGUCAUGAUGUGGCGUUAAAUUUAAAAUGGAGUCAUGCAGAUCAAUUCAGAAAAGCACCAGUUCAAGAAUGGUCCGUGAAUGGUAAAAAAGCUGGAACUUACCAAGAAGCAAGUAACUUACGAUUCGUUCGUGUUUACAAUGCUGGUCAUGAAGUACCAUUUUACCAGCCCGAAAUUCAUUGUAUAUGUUUAUAA